CUUUUUAUUUGGACAUCUGCCAGUCUUGUGGAGAAUGCUGAAGAAACAGGAGUUUAUGCAUGAUCUCCUCCUGCAGUGGGCAGAGAAAUACGGACCUAUUGUACGGCUUAAUGCCUUUCACAGAGUCUCAGUAUUGGUUCUGAGUCCUGAAGGAGUGAAGGAGUUCUUGAUGUCACCACAGUACCCAAAGGAUCGGCUGGUGUAUAGUCGUAUCUUCAACAUAUUUGGUGAGAGGUUUCUAGGGAACGGCUUGGUAACUGAUUGCAACCAUGAGCAUUGGCACAAGCAGCGGAAGAUCAUGGAUCCAGCUUUCAGCCGAACCUACCUGAUUGGUCUGAUGGAUACUUUUAAUGAAAAAGCAGAGGAGCUGAUGGAGAAGCUAGAGGAAAAGGCAGAUGGAAAAAAAGAGUUUAGCAUGCUGACGAUGAUGAACCGGGUGACUAUGGAUAUCAUUGCAAAGGUAGCCUUUGGCUUGGAAUUAAAUGCGCUGAGUGAUGACCAGACACCUUUGCCGCAUGCUGUGACCAUGGUUUUGGAUGGAAUGACCAAGACGCGCAUCCCCCUCACACGGUAUGUGCCAGGGGAACAGAAGCUGGUAAAGGAGGUCAAGGAGAGCGUGAGGCUGCUGCGGCGUGUGGGGAAGGAGUGCAUUGACCAGAGGAGAGAAGCCAUCCGGAAUGGGAAGGAAGCCACGCUGGAUAUUCUCACGCAGAUACUGAAAGGAGAUGCCCUGGAGGAAACUAGAGAUGAUGAAAACAUUCUGGAUAACUUUAUCACUUUCUUUGUUGCAGGUCACGAAACCACUGCCAAUCAGUUGUCAUUUACAGUAAUGGCACUGGCACAGCAUCCUGAAAUACUGGAAAGGGUUCAGGCUGAAGUGGAUGAAGUUCUUGGUGCCAAGAAAGACAUUAACUAUGAGGAUCUUGGCAAACUCGCGUACUUAUCGCAGGUUUUGAAGGAAUCGCUGCGGCUGUACCCACCCAUCCCGGGGACGGUGCGCCGGUUAGAGAAGGAGCAUGUCAUCAACAACAUCAGAAUUCCUGCAGACACGAUGCUCAUUUUCAGCACUUACAUAAUGGGAAGGAUGGAAAAGUAUUUCAAGGAUCCACUCACUUUCAAUCCAGACCGAUUUAGCAAAGAUGCACCUAGGCCAUAUUACUGCUAUUUUCCAUUCUCUCUGGGACCCCGAUCCUGCAUCGGGCAGGCAUUUGCACAGAUGGAGGCAAAAGUGGUGAUGGCAAAACUGCUGCAGAGGUUUGAAUUCCAGCUGGUACCAGGGCAGAGUUUCAAACUACAGGAUGCUGGAACCUGUAGACCGCUAGAUGGAGUAAUGUGUAAAUUAAAGCCACGGAGCCCUGCAGGAGACUGCCGGGUGUGACUGCUCAGGAAAGGAGCAUGCCAUGGUAGUGGUAGCGUUUCUUCUGAUUUUGAAGAUCUUCAUGCUAAUCAAAGGUUAGAUUUUGCAGGCUCCUUUAGAGGAUUACUCGACUGAAAUUCUUCCUAGCCUUCCUCAUCAUUUACUGAAGAAAACUCUUAGGAGACUCA